AUGGAUCCCUCGGGCACCGGCGCCGGUCCACCGUCCUCGUCGGCGGGCACCGGCGACGCCCCGCAUCCGCCACCGCCACCCCAAGGCCCUCCGCCGCAGCAGCUGAGCAGGUACGAGUCGCAGAAGCGGCGGGACUGGAACACGUUCCUGCAGUACCUGCGCAACCACCGGCCCCCGCUGACGCUGGCGCGCUGCAGCGGCGCGCACGUCAUCGAGUUCCUCAAGUACCUGGACCAGUUCGGCAAGACCAAGGUGCACGCCGCCGGCUGCGCGCACUACGGCCAGCCCAGCCCGCCCGCGCCCUGCCCGUGCCCGCUCCGCCAGGCCUGGGGCUCCCUCGACGCGCUCAUCGGCCGCCUCCGCGCCGCCUACGAGGAGUCCGGCAACGCGCCCGAGUCCAACCCCUUCGCCGCGCGCGCCGUCAGGAUCUACCUCCGCGAGGUCCGCGACUCGCAGGCCAAGGCGCGCGGGAUACCCUACGAGAAGAAGAAGCGCAAGCGCACACAGCCCACGCCGAUCCCGGCGGGAGGAGCCGCUGGCGAGGGCACGAGCUCAGCUGCUGGCCGCGAUGGAGGAGAGCCAACUCAUGGCGGUGGAACCGUAACCCUGGCGGCUGCACCAGCUACCACCGGUGCCCCGGUGGGUGGGAGUAGCGUUACUGCUGCUGCUGCACAAGGCACCUCCUCCCGAUGA